UAGAGACUUCGUAAUUUAGUGCGCAGCAUUUCAUUCAAUAAUUGACAUACAAUACAUUCUCUUGAAUACAUAUUUUGUGUUUCACGUAAAUUAGCACAUUCUGUGACGUGUACCUGCAGUGAGGAUAUCUUCGGCCUUUAAAAUGGAAGUUAUCUCAGAUAUUAAAAAGUUACGAAGCCACAGGUGUAUGUCAAACACCAGUUACAGAAGCGCCUCUGAUAAAAUGUGUUAAAACUGGUGUGUACGUAGCUCGAGAUUGAGUGACGUCGCUGCCAAGGUGUUAAUUAUUACGUUAAGCGUGAUACGCGUGAUCGGCAGUCUCUGCGGAGCUGCUGUCGGAUGUGUUAGUCGUGUGUCAUUGCGUUAUUUGAGGUAUAUGAUCAGCUGUUUGGAGUUUCCUGUCAUCGGUUUUGUUAGCUUCUUAUACCUGUUACGUCGUAUUACGUGUGUGUUUGUACGCUGUUGUCCACUGUUUUUCGAGUUUGACUGAUCACAGUGCACUGAUAGUACUCCAGGUGACAUCAAUGAAAUGGCAUUUAUGCUGCAAAGGAAAAAAUAUUACAAGUUUCAGGUAGAAAUCUGUGUAGAAGAACUGACUGCGGUACCUUUCAUCAACGCAGUACUGUUUGCUAAAGUGAGACUACUAAAUGGGGGAGGCUUCACCGAAACUUCUAGCAGGGAGGAAGUACGCGAACAUACUGUGCAGUGGGCUGCAAAAUUUCAGUUUGACUGUAAAAUGACAGCUAACGCGUCUACUGGCGUACUUAACCCGUGUAUCCUUCGAAUAUCUGUUCGCAGAGAAGUGAAGGGUGGUCGCUCAUUUCAAAAGCUUGGUUUUUGUAAUGUAAAUCUUGCAGAAUUUGCAGGCUGUGGUGAAAUUGCAAGGCGGUAUCUACUGGAAGGAUAUGGUACACACCAGAGACAAGAUAAUUCAGUGCUUGGUGUUUCCAUAAAAAUGAAUUUGCUUUCAGGUGAUAUUCUGUUCAAGGUACCAUCUGCAUCAGCAAAACCCAGUCCUGUUACAAAACAAGACAACAAUGAAGCUGACAGCUGUGAAAGAGGAGCUACUCUUUCAAGUGGCCCCACAGCUAAGUCAGUAACAGGUGUAACACCAGCUAGUGGCAGCUUAUCCAGAAAAAGACUGGGAUUAACUUCAUGUGAAAUUGCUCCAAAUGUUGAGCCUGUAGUUAAAGAAGGAGACAGGCAGAUAGAGAUUGUAUCGAGCACUGAAAAUGGUGAAUACUCUACAGCUCGUCUUGAAAGUGGUUCAACAUCAAGCAGUGUGAACAAUAAUACUAACUUGCAUACUGUCAAUGGCUACAGCCAUCAUCGAUGGCACAGCAGCCCCAAGAUAUAUAGACAUGCAAGAAAUUCCAGCACUGGUUUUUGUUUCAAUGAAACUUCAGGACUUGACGAGACAUCAUCUUUAGAUAGGCGGAAGAAGGCGGAGCAUGGAAUUAUUCGUGAUAGUAAUUCAGGUAGUGGAAUUGAUGCUGAUAGUUUGAUUGAUGAACUUAUUAGGUCAACCAUACAUGAUCAGCCAAAUGAAAAUGAUGAAAAUUUGGGGUUGCAACUUUUUAUAGCUAAAGAUGGUUCAACUACCCUGGGAACUCCUAAAACCAGAAGUCAGGUACUUUCAGGAAGUUUGAAAGAAGUUGUAGUGAAGUCUAAUCAAAAUUAGUCUUAAAAACUGAUAAAUGUAUUUGAACAGUGUUUCAUUAAGUGCCUUAUAAUGUGUGCAACACAUUUUCACAAAUGUGAAGUGUAUUUUUGGAAAUGUGAACCAUAUUUCAGCUUAUAGAUAUUGUCAUAUAGUUCCUUAAUGAAAAGUGAUUUUGCUGUU